GUCGAAUCUUAUCGACUACAUUUCCCUCUUUUUACAGUCUCUUCUUAGAUCGAAAUCAGAGCAUAAAACCUCAACUUUUCUUCCAACUGAUUCACACACACUCACAGAGAGAUAUGAGAGAGAUCAUAAGUAUACACAUAGGUCAAGCUGGGAUUCAGGUUGGAAAUUCAUGUUGGGAGCUUUAUUGCCUCGAACAUGGCAUUCAGCCCGAUGGUUUGAUGCCUAGCGACACCACACCUGGAGUUGCAGAUGAUGCAUUCAACACGUUCUUUAGUGAAACUGGAGCAGGAAAGCAUGUUCCAAGAGCAAUAUUCGUUGAUCUUGAGCCAACUGUGAUUGAUGAAGUUAGAACAGGAACUUAUCGCCAACUCUUCCACCCUGAACAACUUAUUUCUGGAAAAGAAGAUGCUGCUAAUAACUUUGCAAGAGGCCAUUACACAGUGGGAAAGGAGAUUGUUGAUCUAUGCCUUGAUCGAGUAAGAAAGUUAGCAGACAACUGCACUGGUUUACAAGGAUUUUUAGCAUUCAAUGCUGUUGGUGGUGGAACUGGUUCUGGACUCGGGUCUUUAUUGUUGGAACGUUUGUCUGUUGACUAUGGAAAAAAGUCAAAGCUUGGGUUCACAAUUUAUCCUUCUCCUCAGGUCUCAACAGCAGUAGUAGAACCCUACAACAGUGUCCUUUCAACACACGCACUACUCGAACACACAGAUGUCGCAGUUCUAUUAGACAACGAAGCAAUCUACGACAUAUGCAGGAGAUCACUAGACAUCGAGAGGCCAACAUACACGAAUUUAAACCGAUUAAUUUCUCAAAUCAUAUCAUCUUUAACAACUUCUCUUCGAUUUGAUGGAGCAAUUAAUGUUGAUAUUACUGAGUUUCAAACAAACCUUGUCCCAUACCCUCGGAUUCAUUUCAUGCUUUCCAGUUAUGCCCCUGUGAUUUCGGUUGAGAAAGCGUAUCAUGAGCAGCUUUCGGUGCCUGAGAUUACAAAUGCGGUGUUUGAGCCUGCGAGUAUGAUGGCCAAGUGUGAUCCGAGACAUGGGAAGUAUAUGGCGUGUUGUUUGAUGUAUCGGGGAGAUGUUGUUCCUAAAGAUGUUAAUGCUGCUGUGGCAACAAUCAAAACAAAACGCACUGUGCAAUUUGUUGAUUGGUGUCCAACUGGUUUCAAAUGUGGUAUUAAUUACCAGCCGCCAUCAGUUGUGCCAGGUGGUGAUCUAGCAAAGGUCCAACGAGCGGUUUGCAUGAUCAGCAACAACACAGCAGUUGCUGAGGUGUUUUCACGCAUUGACCAUAAGUUUGACUUGAUGUAUGCAAAGAGAGCAUUUGUUCAUUGGUAUGUUGGUGAAGGGAUGGAAGAAGGAGAGUUUUCAGAAGCACGUGAAGAUCUUGCAGCUCUUGAGAAAGAUUAUGAAGAAGUUGGUGCUGAAGGAGUCGAUGAUGAAGGAGAGGAUGAAGAGUAUUAACUAUUCAAAAUGGUAAAUGGCGACACUCUUGUUUUGUGGAAUAAUGGAUUGUUGCAUUUUUUUAAUGUUAGGGUUAAUACUCUUUUGUGAUGAACCAUGUUAUGUAUGUGUGCUUAUAUUAUAUUCUUUCUAAUUUGGGAAAUAUACCAAGUGAUUUGCAAUGAAU